CAGGGUGGUUCUCUCCUGCUGGGAUGAAGGACUUGAACAAAAACUCCUUGCUGGCUUCCUCCUUGCAUGAGAACCCUGUGAGUCUCAGGGUCCCCAUUCUCCCCUGGGACAUCCAGAACAUACUAGGUGCCCGGUCCUGAACAACCAUGACAAUGGAGGUCCUCCCUAAGGCCCUGGAAGUGGAUGAGAAAUCUCCAGAAUCUAAGGACCUGCUGCCCAGCCAGACUGCCAGCUCCUUGUGUAUCAGUUCCAGAAGUGAGUCAGUCUGGACCACUAACCCUAGGAGCAACUGGGAAAUCUACCGCAAGCCCAUCAUCAUCAUGUCUGUGGGCAGUGCCACCCUGCUUUUUGGUGUGGCUAUCACCUGCUUGGCCUACAUCUUGAAACUGAAUGUUAAGACGACUACAGCCCUCAAGAUGAUAGGGCCUGCCUUCCUGUCCUUGGGACUCAUGACUCUUGUGUGUGGGCUGGUGUGGGUCCCUAUCAUCAAAAAGAAGCAGAAACAGAGACAAAAGUCAAGUUUCUUCCAGAGCCUCAAGUUUUUCAUCCUGAAUCGCUGAUGACUUGACCAGAAUGAGGAGAUCUGAUAACCAACAUCCUACAUCCAACCUCCUCCAUGGGAAGCCACAAAACUGUCCCAGGAAAACCUUACUCUUGGCACUAUGGGAAAGACAGGAGCUCCACCUCCUGUAGAAUGGAGUAUUGGCAGCUGAA